GGGAAGAAGAAGAAGAAGAAGAAGACGGUGAAAGACUUUGAUAUAUAAAUUAAAAUAUAUAUAUUUUCGGUUUCUCUCCGGCAACCGUCUCUCUUCCCCUCUCUGAUUCAAAGGUCUGAAACUUUUGAAGCAUCAUCUGCUACUAGGGGAAUUUCAUACAUAGCAUGAGCGCUCGACCCAUGGUCCCUCGGGUAGUAAGGACCCGCCCUCCUGCAAGAACUGGGCUCAGGCAAAGGAAGAAUGAAUUGGAUCUCAAUAGUGCACCACCUGGUGUGAAUCAGAAUCAGGAGGGAACUUCAGCUCAGGUGUUACCUCAGAUUGAGAGACCUAACCAGUCACCAUUGGUGAUUGAUCUUGAGGCUACUGAUGAUGAUGUUGUCAUAUGUUCUCCCAGAGCUGUUUCCGAAGCUAGAAACAACUCCAGAAGGAACCGAUCAAGGCAUGUGGUUGAUUUGGAAUCAGAUGUGACUAGGGCCAAUUGUCAAAAGCGCAGAAGAGUUGAGCCAAAUCGAACAAUCAUUAAUUGCGAGCUUUACAUAAACUUGGAGGGCAAUAGCAACUCCAAUUCAAAGAAUGAGCAGGCUAUGCAGCCACCACCGCCACCACCACCACCAAAGGAGCCCACCUUUACAUGUCCCAUCUGCAUGGCUCCGUUGGUCGAGGAGAUGUCAACAAAAUGUGGUCACAUUUUUUGUAAGAAAUGUAUCAAGGCUGCGAUAACUGCUCAGGGAAAAUGUCCUACCUGUAGGAGAAAAGUAACUGCGAAAGAGCUUAUUAGGGUAUUCCUUCCUACUUCCUCCUGAGUCUGCAAAUCAUGCCUGUAUGAUUGAUCAUGGUUAUGUAAAGUGCUUCGGGGAUGGAGGUCCAAAAGAGUUGUUGUGCCAGGUCUUCAGAACUGAUAAUUUCAUAAUUGGGAUGAAUUGGCGGAGAAAUGUAGUCCUAGUGACAAUAGUGGGGUUUUGUAUGGAAGUGCUUUAUGAUUAGUGGGGUAUUUUCUAUUACCUGAAUACCCUGUUAUUUCGUAUUACAUUACAUGGUACAAUCUAAUGUUAUGAUUAGAUGAGAUGUUAAUGGAACUAGCUUUCGGCACAGUCGAGAGAAAUAUAUUUUCAGGCUUAAAUUUCUUGUCUUCAGUAAGGGUGCUUCUAGAUGUACUCAGCAAAUUACUUAAUGUAUCCAGCAACAUAAUUUUUAUUCCUAACCUUCCGAUUCUACCUCUUGUUUUACAUAAAAUUAAGUAAGGAAAAGAACGAAAAAAUAUCAUUCUAUCAUAACUUGUUUACCCCCCA